AAUAUUAAGCGAGUCACGGGCAUUAGUGUAUAUAUUGAUCCCAAUGCAUGUAUGUGAAAACUAAGAUCACAUGACAUGAUAUGAUGUUAACAUAUAGUACUUGAAAUAUUAACACAGAAUAUGAGUGGAUGCUCUUGGGGGUUACCAAAUAUGGCAACAAUGUCAGUAAUGGUGCUACUACUGCUCUCCAUUGUAAGGGUGACGGCUCUUCCACUUCACACCAAUGGACGGUGGAUCGUGAAUGAAAGUGAAAAGAGGGUGAAACUAGCAUGUGUUAAUUGGGCAUCACAUUUAGAUACCUCAGUGGCUGAGGGUUUGAGCCAUCAACCUCUUGAUGUAAUUUCAAAGGGAAUAAAAUCCAUGGGUUUCAACUGUGUUAGGCUCACUUGGCCACUUCUCUUGCUCACUAAUGACUCUUUUGCUUCUAUUAAAGUGAGACACUCUCUACACAAUCUAGGACUUCUUCAAUCCAUAUCUGGGAUUCAAGCCAACAACCCCUCCAUCAUUGACCUUCCCCUCAUCAAAGCUUACCAGACGGUGGUAAAAAGUCUAGGAGACAUGGACUUGAUGGUGAUUUUGGACAACCAUGUGACACAGCCAGGAUGGUGCUGUAGUAACUCCGAUGGCAAUGGGUUCUUUGGGGACCAAUAUUUUGAUCCAGACCUCUGGCUUAUGGGUCUGACCAAGAUGGCCACCCUUUUCAAUGGAGUCACUAAUGUGGUGGGAAUGAGCUUGAGAAAUGAACUACGAGGUCCCAGACAAAAUCUCAAUGAUUGGUACAGGUACAUGCCAAAAGGAGCAGAAGUCGUGCAUGCUGCGAAUUCGAAUGUUCUUGUCAUUCUGUCUGGCUUAAAUUUUGACACUGACUUAUCAUUCAUUACAAACCAGCCAGUGAAGCUUACCUUUAAUGGGAAACUAGUAUUUGAGGAGCAUUGGUAUAGCUUUAGUGACAGUCAAGCAUGGACAUUAGAGAAUCCAAACCAAGUGUGUGGACAAGUUACAAGUAGCUUUGUGAGAAAUUCAGGGUUCUUGUUAGACCAAGGAUGGCCAUUGUUUGUGAGUGAGUUUGGUUUGGAUUUAAGAGGCAAAAAUAUGAACCAAAACAGGUUCUUUAACUGCUUCAUGGCAGUGGCAGCUGAGCUUGAUUUGGAUUGGGCCUAUUGGACACUUUCUGGAAGUUAUUAUAUUAGACAAGGGGUUGUUGAUGUUGAUGAGACUUUUGGUAUUCUCAAUGGGAAUUGGAGCCAAGUUAGGAAUACAAGUUUCUUACAAAGGAUAUCUGCUAUUCAACACCCUUUUCAAGGGCCAGGCUUAUUAGAAUCUGAACCAUAUAAAGUGAUUUUUCACCCAUUGAGAGGUCUUUGCGUAUUGAGCAAGUCAUUGCAUGAACCAUUGAAGAUGGGACCUUGUUCUAAUUCUGAUGGCUGGGAAUACACACCCCAAAAUAUACUCUUACUUAAAGGUACAAAAUUUUGUUUACAAGGAGAAGGAGAAGGGAAACAAGUGAAACUUGGAACAACAUGUUCAGGUCCGGAGUCAACAUGGGAAAUGAUAUCUGAUUCAAAGAUGCAUCUCUCAUAUAAUGUCAACAACAAUGGUUCUACUUCUAGUGUUUGUUUGGAUGUAGAUGCUAACAACAUAGUUGUCACCAAUAGUUGCAAAUGUAUUAGCAAAGUUAACACAUGUGACCCUGCAAGCCAAUGGUUCAAACUUGUUGACAGUACAAGAAAGUUGAACUGAAGAUUAUCUAUAGAUUUGAUGUUCAGAUUAUUAGAACGUGACCAACAAGACAAUUCUGAAAAUCAUUGAGCUCAAGUGCUCAACAUAAGUUAUCCCAAGUCUCAACACCAUUAUCGUUGAUUUAUCUCUGACAUAAGUUAUCCCAAUCUUAUGUAGUACUUUGUAGUUGGGUAUCAUUGUACUAAUGCUUAAUUAAUAGAGUUUUAGAGGGUUUA